AUGGCACAGUCCGCGGCGACUCCGCAGCUAGUGCAGCGGCUCCAGCGUGUGGCGCAACGACCACGACGGGCUGGUGGAAGCAUCGCACUCCGGCCUCAGGCCGCGGCCGCCCUGGACAUCAGCACUACCAGCACUAAGGUCAGCAUGAAAACGCUGCCCACCUGCCAGCUGGCCGUGUCCUGGUACCCCAUAUUUGCGUACAAUGCUGGCGACGGCGGCGGCAGCGGCGUGGUGGAGGACCUUGGGGGCGGCAGGCUGCAGCUGACGUUCGACCCUGACGCCGGCUUGUACGGCGAGCAGCAGCAGCAGCAGCAGCAGCAGCAGCAGCAGCAGCAGCAGCUCGCUGAACACACACAGCUCAACAUCCCGGCGCUCAACUGGCGGACGGCCUCCAUAUUCGGGGUGCCGAUCCCCCCGCCCCUCAACAUUGCCAUCAUCCCGCAGCGCUUCGAGGGCACGCUCGACACGAGCACCGGCAUCAUGGAGCUAAACUUCCUGGCGAGGUUCGAGUUCACUGCAGGCUCCCUCUACCGCGCGCCGCCGCUGAUUGUCGAGACCGUGCUCACCACAGAGCACUCAGAGGGCGAGCUGCGCCGCGGCGACGGCAGGCGGCUCUCGCCGGGCGGCGGCGCGAGGCUGGUGGGCGUCGCGCGCGUGCCGCGCGUGGACGACUCAAUCGACUGGUGGACGAACCUCUUCUUGUCGCUGCCCACUGACGCGCUGGCCGUGAUGGAUGCUGAGUUUGUCUUCGAGUGA